AGCUUCUAUAUUUUUUGAAAAGUAGCGCGCUCAGACCAGCUCGCUUACUCUUUUCCUCUUCCAUUUUUUAGGGCAAUUGUUUUGUUUGAUAGACGAAGCUUAGGGUCUCUUUGGGUUUGCAACCCUUACCCUCCUGGAAAAAAUCAUAGUUGCUAGACUGCGACACUUCAGACCAGGUACUAUUAGAGCCGCUAAUGGACGACGAGCUAUUUUCCGCUAUCCGGAGCUCAAGCAUUUGAGCCGCUAAAUGGACGAGACUCCUGGGGUAAAGGAUGCAGAGAAUGAGGAGAAAACACUCGUAUGGAGCAGGGAGUAGGUAUUGUACUACUUCCUGGUAUGGAGCACUGAGAAGCGCUCUCACCGUCCAGGAGCGACACUGACUCGCACUGCUAUCUGGUGCUCACGAGGUGUUGGUCGCGCUGCAAACGGAGCGUCUCUCAUUAGGCGAUUUGAUCGCAAGACGAGAGAGGAGCUGAUGGACGAUCUCUCCAAUGUUCCUCUUGGUUCGGAGCGGCGCCGAGUGCUGACGUUGGGACUUGGAGUUCUAGCAUCCGUAGCUGCCUCAGGGGUGCCACUUCUCCCAUCAGCGUCGACUAGUCCGCCGUUCUAUUUAGCAUUGCUGCGUUCCUAUGCCACCGUGCCGGUCUCCGUUGGGCCAGUGUCUUGUCAUGCUGUGCUACAGUGCCGUGUCUAUCCCUGUAAGAACUGCACAGCACUGACAGCGCCUUUCAACGGCAAGGUGACCGGAACAGGUUUCACGCCCGGCACUGGUCUCUUCUUCGCCUGCAAUGCACCCUACGUACUACAGGGCAGCGCCGUGCGCUACUGCAACGUCUCCGGAACGUGGAGCGGCGUUCCUGCUACAUGCUCAAUCCCUAAUAUUCCCUGCAAGUACCACGAGUUCAAGUGCGGUGGCAGUGGUGGUUGCAUCUCGACCACCAAGGUCUGCGACGGUGUGUGGUAUGACUGCCCGGAUGGCUCCGACUAGAGCAACCGCACUAGCACACGCGGCACUGCAGCACCAGCAGACUCCACCAAAUGGCUACAUCCAGGGAGUCAGCAUGACCAGCUGUGGCAGCCAGAUUGCGUUUGGCUGCUACCAGCCAUACGUUCUCCAGGGACCUACCACCCGCACCUGCCAGCUGAGUGGCAAGUGGGAUGGUGUACCACCUGUCUGCACAUUGGUCUCGCCUUGCAAGAGUGGCUUCCAGCCAUGUCGUGAUGGUACCUGCCUGGCCUCAUCCAAGUUCUGCAAUGGCGUUUUCUUUGAGUGUCCCGACAAGACAGACGAAUAUCAAUGCGGCACGAUUGGACCCGGUGUGUGCACACCGCUAGCUAAACCGACCAACGGCUACUCCCAGGGCACAAACUAUUCUGCUGGAGGCAGCGUCGUCUUCGGCUGAAAUUCCGGAUACAACCUGCAGGGAAGCAUUGUGCGCAUCUGCCAGAUUGACGGUUCCUGGAGUGGGGCAGCUGCUUCAUGUAAUCCCAUUCAACUGCAGUGCCAGUCUGGCUACCUGCCCUGCCUGCGUUCCAGUGGCUGUAUCCUGCCAUCACAGCGAUGCGACGGUGUUUUGUACGACUGUGCUGAUGGCUUUGAUGCACAGUACUGCCCAGGCAAGGUCACACCAGCUCCAGGUCAAACCGACUGCCAGGUCUUGUUACCACCGGCACUGGGCUCAAUGACCGUAAACGGCUUGAUGCUCAGCAACACGACCACGUUUGUGUGCACAUCUCCCUAUGUCCUUAUGGGCUUGGCCGUGCGUACUUGUGAAAUCAACGGCCAGUGGAGCGGUGUGCAGCCAACUUGCGUCCUGACGACUGCUGCUCUGAGUGCGGCCAGUGACGAGCUAGUCAAGGACUUUGUCUCAGAACGCAUGACACAAACGUGUUAGCUCCUGCUCCAUGCCCAUUGUUGGAGCGACAGUCCUGGGAUCCAGAGUUGCAAGUGAGGUGGUGAUACGGCAAGCAGACGGUGGCAAAGUAUGGCUUAAAAGCUCUACAUCUGGCAAGUGGCCGGUAUACCACCCCAAUGGACAUCGGAACAGUACACGUAGAGUAGCAUCUCUACGUGACAGGGUAUGAGCGCAAGCCAGUAUUGCCAAGCACUGGGGACGGACCUUUGGCAAUCUGAAAAAUGUUUUGUCCGAGAAUCGAUCCUUGGAUCUGUGGCGUUGCAGUUGUGGUGCUCCCGAGCCUCUUGCGCGAUGGCCGCGGAGACUUGGCGAAAAGGUUCGAGACAUACGGCAUCUCGAUAUCUUCCACCACAAUCAGUACAUCAGCACCACCAUCGAGCGUAGCGACAUCAGCAAUAGAAGACGCACAUGAUAUCAUUCCCCCUUAGCGAAGACCCGGGAAUACCUGAGAAGAUCUUAGCCGCGACUUUACUGGAAAAGUCGUCAGUGACAACGGCACUCCAUAUUUUAGCUGCAUGCAGUUAGGUCUCUCAACAAGUGUACCCAAAGUUUUCAAGCUAAUACACAAGCAAAUUCACUAGGGUCCGAGUAUAUUUUCCUACACCUCUCCCUGUUUGUUGUUGUUAUUUCUGCAUGCAAAUUGUUUGUGUACCUGUACAUUUAUUACAGUAGAGCCACGCAUCCACGGCUGUUGUUUCCAAGGGGUCAGGCUCGUCAGUUAUACAAAACCUUUCAGCAAUCUGGCCUUAGGCUUAGUUCCUUGACUUCUUGUACCACUUUCUUAGAUGCACAUCCCACUGGAUAGUGAGCAAUACGUGUGUAGCAGAAUCUGUAUUCCAGAAAAG